AUGGCGCCCAAGAUGGUGGCCUCACCGGACCGCACAACUACCCUCCAAGAUGAAGGAGAGCAAUCUGGAGCUGAACAGGAGCAGUCAGUCGCUCACCCAACGUGGGAGCCACAACCUAACAGGAAUAACCUCACACCGGCUACCAAACAAGACAUAGCUGACCUGUUAAAAGAAAUGAGACAAAUGCACGCAACAGACAUGGACCUUUUAAGGACCGAAAUGCAGGCAGUAACUGCACGCACUCAAGCCACCGAAGCAGACAUCCUAGACCUGAAACAGGAGGUAAAUGGGGCUAAAAUAACAAGUAAUAGUAAUGCAGACAUCCCAGUCCAACCUCACCAUGAGAAUGGACCUAACAGAGGACCGCAAUAG